UAUCUGCUCAGAGUCAUUCUCACAGUUGAGAUAACAUUCUACAUGUCAUUUCUAAAGGGAGCAAUUUUUUCUGUUUAUUUUUCUCCAACUAGUAUCAAUUUGUACUUUGGGAUUGAAAUUGGGAUUUUUUUUUUUUUUUUUUUUUUUUUUUUAGGAAAUGGAUGCCUAUUAGUUUACGUAACCCAGACUGAAUAAAUACACAGUUAUUUAACAUAAAUCCAGUGUUUCCUAACUUCUAACCCAGAGAGUGAGCACAGGCAUUGUUAGCAUCGCAUCUGGGAUACCAGCACCCUCAGGAUGGAUGGAAAACAAGGGCAGCACGCUGGGGAUACUGAACAAAAUGCAGCUGAGCUGGUUACAGCAAAACCAUGGUCACUCUGGAAAACAUUUCUGGUGUGUCUGCUGGCCUGUCUAAUUGCUACAACCCUCGUUGUUCUGGUCUUAUAUUUUGUUCACUUUGGCAAGCACACCAUGGGUACAACCAUCGUCAUUCACACAGACGGAAAGUCCAGUCAUGUGAUCUGCAACCCUGGUUCUACCGCAACUCCUGCCCCCAUGCCUGGUUCUACCUCAUCUCUUGCCCCCACCACUAGUGCUACUACUUCUCCUGCCCCCACCACUAGUGCUACUGCUCCUCCUGCCCCCACCACUAGUGCUACUACUUCUGCCCCCACCACUAGUGCUACUACUUCUCCUGCCCCCACUACUAGUGCUACUACUUCUCCUGCCCCCACCACUAGUGCUACCCCAUCUCCUACCACAUCUCCUGCCCCAUCGAUCCAGACUGAAUCUCAGAGCACCCCACCACCUGCCACUGUGCCCAAUCAAAGCUCUCCUACCACGGUGCCUCCAUCUACCAUGCAGCCAGCUGAAACCACCACCUCGGAACACGAAGUCGAAAUUGAAGAUGACGAAGGACAUUUUUGAGCCCUCAGCCCUCCUCAAGCCAGGCCAACACUUACUCUGAAGGAGGCAUGUCUAAGCUGUUCCGUCUUCUCUUCCAAGAGAUUCCACAGCAUUUGUCUUCAUGAAAUCUUGCCCCUCUUGCUCAAUCAUUUGCUGGAAUUCCCAUAUGGUGAUGACUCAGUCUUGGGACCGCCAAUGUUCAAAUGAUUGGAAAAGAAAAAUUUCACUGAGCCUGGUUGACUCAUCCAGCUGGGGACCCAGAGUUUUGUCUUCACCCCUUCUGUACAACCCACCUCAUUUAUCACCCAUGAAGAUUCCAGCUGCUGAAGAGGCCACCAGGUGGACCUGCUCUACUUCACUUCCUACAUGUUGGGUCUUAAGCCAGUAUUUGCCAUCUGUUAUUGAUUAUUUCUCAGUCUAUUAUCAGCAUUUGUAUCCCAAUAGGGAAAGAAAGAAAUGUCCAAUCAAAGUGGCUAAUGAACAUGGCAUGGAUUAUUAAGUACCUACUAAUCAUUUCAGAAGUGUUCCUCCUAUGGGGAAUGCAGAAAAAAGGGGGUAAGUCAGUAAGGAUAGGAAUAAUCAAGGAAGACUUCAGAGAAAGGCUGAAAGUUGAAAGGGGGCAAACAUUUGGACUUAAGUAGAGAUAAUUUAAAAAGAAAAUGAGAGGGCUAAGGGGGUUUAAAAGAUUUAAAAUCAAAAGCACACUUGGAAUGUAACAGGUGAUGUAUUUUCUAUAUUGUAUCUUUUCACUAAUAUUGUCGAUAUUAUUUUCCAUAUUUAAUAUUCUGCCUAAUCUCUAAACCACUAUAAACUACUACCUAGAAAAUU